CUCAGUUUCGCAAUUCCUCCGAUCAUUAUUCCUUCCAAAUAACACACCAUAUUCCCCAUCAAUAAUAAUUUCAUUCUAAUUAUUAUAUUAUUAUUUUUCGAUCAUCAAAAUCUCAAUCAUACUGUUGAUCACGAUACAAUUAUGGAAUCCAAUGGUAUUACUUUUACCGAACAAGAAAUUCAUCCUGAUUCAGAAAAACAGGCAAUGCUAGAUUCAGUUGAUGUUGUUAGCAAUGUCCAAGAACUCCCUGAUUCUCAUGCAGAACCUAGAGCUGGUUCUUCUGGAUUGGAUGUUAAUGCACUUCCUGAGUCAGAGGUCCUUUUGAUUACUGCAUCAGCUUUACCUAACAACACCAAAAUAAAUUCGUUGGAACUUGACGAAGCAGGUAAUGUGAGUCCACUGGAACACAAAAGGUUGGAUCAGAGAUCUUUGUCAACGUGUUGCGUUAUUGCAGAAGAUGAUGAAAACCUCGAAGUAAAGACAAUGCCAGAUGCUGUUGAUGCCGUCCAUGAUAUCCAAGAUCUCUCCUACUCUCAUACAGAAGCUAGAGCUAAUUUUUCUGGACUUUAUGUUAAUGUACCUCCUGGAUCAGAGGCCCCUGUAGCCACUACAUCAGAUCUUCCCAACAACAAAUUAAAAUUGUCAGAAGUUGAUGAGGCACAUCAUUUGGUUCCACAUGAACACAAAAGAUUGGAUCAGAGAUCUUUGUCAACUUUGUCAACUUUGUCAGAUAUUGCCGUAGAUGAUGGUGUCUUCUGUGAACCAUCUCCAGAUCAUUUCCCAGGCGAGAUGGGAACGGACAAUGAAGAUUUAGCACCAGUGGUCUUCUAUCCUGAUCAUAUGGUGUACCACCAUAGUUAUUCUACAGAUUGUGUUUUAACUUUCACUAGCAAUUGCAUCGAAAUAGAGGGUUCAACUUUAGAUGGGGAUGGCAAAACUUUUAAAUUGCAGUGGGGAGUUCAAGAUAUACAUCAAAUCAGAUCGCAUUAUUAUGAGAUGGUUAAUGUGGCAAUAGUGACGUUUCAUGUACUUAUCGAUGAUAAGGAACAGGAUAACAAUGUUGAACACACAUCAGGUAUUGAACUGAAGUUUGCAGUUAUUGGCACUAACUGGUAUGGGAGCCAGGAAGCAAUCACAUCCUUGAAUGCCGCAUACAAGACUCUAUGGAGUAAUAUGCUUGAGUCAGAGGUCCAUGGAUCCACCCAAGCAUCUCUUACAAAGUAUUUUCCCAACUUUGAUCAGCCUUUUGAAGAAGUUAUUUAUCCAAAAGGAGAUGUUGAUGCUGUUUCUAUGGGUAAGAGAGAUGUUGAUAUGCUCUUACCAGACACGUUCGUUAACGACACCAUCAUCGACUUUUAUAUCAAAUACUUAAAGAACAAAUUGAAGCCCGAGGAUAGACACAGGUUUCAUUUUUUCAAUAGUUUCUUCUUCCGAAAGCUAGUUGACCCGGAUAAAGAUCCACUUGACGCCUCCCAAGGGAAAGCAGCUUUCUUACGUGUAAGAAAAUGGACAAGAAAAGUCAACAUAUUUGAGAAAGAUUACGUCUUUAUUCCUAUAAAUUACAACUAUCACUGGAGUCUUAUUGUAAUGUGUCAUCUUGGGGAAGUGGCCACAUACAAAGAUGAAGAUGUAAUCAAGUUGACUAAAGUGCCAUGCAUUCUGCAUAUGGAUUCUAUCAGAGGCACUCAUAGUGGCUUGAAAGGCAUUAUGCAAAGUUACUUGAAAGAAGAAUGGAAAGGGAGGCUUCAAGAGGCACCUGAAGAUAUCUCUUCAAAAUUCGAUAACUUACGUUUUAUCUCGCUUGAGUUACCACAGCAGCCAAAUUCUUUCGACUGUGGUUUAUUCUUGCUCCAUUAUGUAGAGCUCUUCUUAGAGCAAGCUCCAAUUUAUUUUAAUCCCUUCAAAAUCACGAAGAGUGUUAACUUUCUAAAUAUGGAUUGGUUCCUACCCGCUGAUGCGUCCCUUAAAAGGGUGGUUAUCCAGAGAUUGGUGUAUGAUCUUCUAGAGCACACUUCUCAUGAAUCUUCGUCCAUAUGUGCCAAUGAUGAAUGCGACAUCCAUAAAGAAAAUAUUGUAAAUUUUUUUCCAGAUAUGUGCAAUAAUCUUUCAACGGCUUGUCAAACUUCUCAAGAUGAUCAGGGAAUCGAAAUAUCUACGUUACCAUCUUUAUCUUUAUCAAGUGAUCCAUGUCCAGUUGAUCCUAGGGAGUCUUUGAAAUCUGCAUUUGAACCAGGAUCAUUUCUCGGCUUGCAAUUCCCAUCUUUUAACGAGAGAAUGUUUGAUGGAUACAAGAGUUCUGACACACCACCAAUUGAGGAAGAUGUAGAAACUGGUGGGCAGCUUGUUUAUUCUUCAAUAGAAAUUGAUCUCCAGCAAGACAAUGAAAUCAUAGCCGAAAUCCCAUGUUCAUCCCAGAAAUUCAACAGAACAGAAUCUGGGCAUCAGAACAAUUUUGAAACAUCACCACAAACAUCAAUCUCUGGGUGUGAAGAUUCAUUUCAAGUCAUCAAUGGCAGUAAUCUGAUUGGCGAGGAACUUGAUUUCAAGGAGUUGAGAAAUUGUCCGAUAUCACCAUCGAUGGAGCCUGUUGAGAUGCUUUAUGGUAAUGAUAAUUCCAAAAGGCAAGCAAAUGAACCAACGGUUUCCGGUGAAUCCUCUGGAUUGGAAUCAGAUGUGCAGCAUCCUUCAAAAAGAAUGCGAAUGACUGAUCCCCCUCUGGUAGGUGCGUCUGCUAGUGAUUGAAUAUAAAAGUUUGUCUUUUUGGAAGUUGGAAGAUAUAUAAUGAAGAGGUGACGGGUAUAUUGUUAGUACCGUCAUUGUUAUUUUGGUAUCGGUAUGGUUAAGUUCCAAUGUUGGUUUGGCCCCAAAUUAUGGAUACAUUAUAUUAUGAUAUAAUAAUAUAAUAGUUAUUAUA